UCUUGAUCAAUCUGACACGAGAUACAAUGCUGGAAAGAUGUCGCUCGAGUGUAGAAUUGCUACCGCACGAUGUUGUAGAGCUCAUACUAGAGAGACUUCCGGUCAAGUCUCUACUGAGAUUAAGGUCUGUAUCAAAGACGUGGAAAUUGACAAUCCAGACCCAACGUUUCCAGGAAAGACAGUUGAGCCAUCGUAGGCGAUCACGAGAUCCGGAUAUACUUUUCGUUCACUAUGCACAUAAUGAUGGGUGCCUGCCUACAGAUGCUCGAAGAUUUAUGUUUGGAUCAUCAAUAGCUUAUACGGUCUGUUUCCCUACUUCAUGCACGUCGGUCUGCCAAAAUACAUGUGACGGUCUAAUAUGCUUCUACACCAAGUACGUCCCCAGUGUCUGUGUCGUGGUGGUGAAUCCCGCCACUAGGUGGCAUCAAAGUUUACCUCUUGCCAGAAUUCAACAGCUCUGCAUCGUCAGGGAUGCAAAAAAAUCGCAUAGCUCAUAUCAUAAGCUUGGAUUCGGUAAAGACAAACUAAGGGGUACAUACAAGCCAGUUUUUUUAUAUAAUUCAUCUGAAUUUGGCCUAGACAACGUUACUACUUGUGAAGUUUUCGACUUUAGCAUGAACACUUGGAGGUACGUUCACCCUGCUUCUCCUUAUCGAAUAAUUGUUCGCCAUGCUCCUCUGUACGUAGAUGGGUCCCUUUAUUGGUUAACUGACUGUGAAGAAACCAAAGUAUUAUCUUUCGAUCUUCACACUGAAACUUUCCAAGUUAUCUGUAAAGCUCCCUUUUCCCAUGUACAUGAUCCUUUCAGAUUCACCAUGUGCAUCCUCGAUAACUGCUUGAGUGUAUCCGAGAGUAACUGGCCCACCCAAGAUAUAUGGUUGUUAGAUUCUUCAGGCGGUAACAUCAAUACGUGGAAGAAAAUGUUUACUAUAGAUAUCAGUAAACCUCUUCGUUGGUGUGGAGGAACCGGAAGCUCACUCUUGACGAUAGCAGUUUUAGAGAAGAACAAGUUAUUAAUUCGUGGUCGUUGUCAUCGUAUGAGACCACUGGUGAUACAUGAUCUCCAUACCAAAUCUUAUGAGUUAGUAUUCACAGAUAACAAGCCCUUUGUUUCUGUUUGUCACUUCGAAAGUUUGUUUUCUGCUUUAUCAAACUAGUUUUCUCUUUCUUUUCUUUUUUACCGACUUACCGAUGAACCAUUGGAAUUAAUUAAUAUC